AUGAAUAAGGCGACGGUGACCGGGUGCGGUCAUGUGUUUUGCUGGAAGUGUAUUUGUAACUGGUGCUCGUCGAACGUACGUUUGUUUUGUGCUUUGAUGGCGAAGCGCAAGAGGAGAAAGAAGUUGCUAACUGUGUUUGCUUUUGUGAUUUUGUGAUGUAGGAGGUGUGCCCGCUGUGCCGACAGGAGGUAGUGAUGAAGAAGCUGGUGUGUCUAAACAACUACUAACGCGAGAAGUGGAGAAAAGCGACGAUAAAGUUUUUAUAUACAGCA